CUUUUUAGUGAUUAGUUGAUAUUUAGGUGACUAGGCAAUAAUUGUUGUUAGAAAAUUACAUUCAAGAAACAAUUGAUGUUACUACUAAGCUAUGCCGCUCGGACUGUUAAAAAAUAUUGCUAGGUGCGUGUUAGAUCCUCAAAAAGUAAAACAAUUUUUGGAGGAUCUGACAUGAGUUGGCACCAUUUUCGGAGAGUCCUCGCAACAUAUAUAGCUAAUACUAAGUACUAUUGGUUGGUUAGCAUAUUAUGGACUUUGUUCUUGGUUCAAUGCUUUACUGGUGGUUCUUGUGAUUUUUCAUUGUGGAGUUCUUGAUAUCUUUUGAAUGUUUAUUAGUAUAGUAACUUACUGGAGAGCUAUGUUGCUCAGAUUCUUCGAAAAUAUUGUCGGGGCAUGUUGGAUCAUCCAAAAGUAGUGUGUUUCUGGAAGAUCCGACACGGGUGCUGCAUAUAUUUGGAGAGUUUGAGAGUGAAUAGUUUGAUUAUAUAGGAAGGGAUAGCUGAUUUGUGCUUUGUGAAAGUGUGAAUUUGCCUAAUUGUGCAGAAUGUUGUGUUCCAAUACCAGAUUCUGGCCAAGUGAAUUAGAUGUGCAGAACAACUAUUUCGAGGGUCAUUCGCAUUUGUAAAGAUGGAAAUGGAGAAAACAUGUGAAUUUUGCAUGUUACUGAAGCCAGUGGUGUAUUGUGAGGCUGAUGCAGCACACCUUUGUCUUUCCUGUGAUGCUAAGGUUCAUUCAGCUAAUGCCCUCUCUAACCGGCAUCCACGUACCCUUGUUUGCGAGCCCUGUGCACACAACCUGGCUUAUAUUCGAUGUUCGGAUCAUCAAAUGUUCAUGUGUCGUGAUUGUGACCGCCGCCAUCAUGAUCUGUCUUCUCAACACCAGAGAAAAGUGAUCACUAGUUAUAUGGGGUCUCCUUCUGCAAAAGAUUUGGCAGCAUUGUGGGGUUUUGGCUUGAAAGAUUUGGAAAAUAAUGCUCCACCAGAUCAGUUCAUCUCAUUGUCUAAUGGAAGAGUAAAUGGAGCUAAGGUCACUCCAAAAUUUGUUAAACGGUCUCACUCGUCAACUGGGGGCCCUUCCUCAGUUUCUGAACUUAACUUCACAGGUCCUGUUGUCUCUGCAGAAGCAGAAGUGGGAUCAACUAGUAACCACACUAAGGCAUUAUCCUUGCGGAGACGGAGGGAGAACACUUCUCUCAUUCUACAGCAGAUCCUUGACUUGGAAAGACUUCAGCUGACUGAGGGCAGUAACAAUUUAAAAAAUGGAGAUAGUCAAAAUAAUGUUUCUUCAUUGAAAAAUUGUACAUCAUGGGAAAUGCAUAACAAAUUUGAUCGCUUGCAGAGUUCACUUGAUCUUGGCCCUGAACUUCUGGAUUGGGGAAGUACUCAUGAAAGUCCACUUUCUGAAUCUUUUCCAUUACCGUUGCCAGAUGGAGAUUCAUUCUGGGAAUGUAAAAGUCCGGUUCAGAGUAGUCAGCUUUGGCCUCAAAAUCUGCAAGAUCUAGGAGCUUAUGCUGAACUAGAACGUUUCGAUAAUUCCAAUAUGCCUGAUGUUGAUUUGACCUUCCAAAACUUUGAAGAACUCUUCGGCGAGGAGCAAGAUCUGAACAACACACUGCUUGAGGAAGAUAUGACAUGCUCAUCUAUGGAGAAUGAUUCAUCGAUCGAUAGAUCAGAUUACAGCUUUGUCAAGAGGGUUAAGGACAUAUCAACAGCUUCAUCGGUCCGUACAGGAAAGUCAACUCACUUUGGCCAAGGCCACGGUGAGCACAUUCCCACUAUCAAGGAUUGUCCUCCACCAAUUAGAACAAACUUUUCGUUGUUGUCCUUUUCAGCAUCAAGGCUGAGCAGUGAAAGCAGUGGUAAUGAGUAUCUGGAUUCACCUGCUGCCAACGAGCAGGAGGUUUCAUGCAAUUCACAGUUGGACAGUAAAGAAAAUCUAUUAGCAAUGCACAAAGAAAAAAAGAAGGCUCGGCUUUCUGUAUUCAGGUAUGAGAAACAAGCUCGGAAUACACCUCGAAGAGCUAGGACUAACUUAAAAAAGCAGUCGAUAAGAGGGCAGGUCCUAAAGGUGCACUGUUAUCAAUCAGAUGCACUUAAUAUGUCUCGAAGCUUUUAAAAGUUACUCCGGUUGAGUUUUUGGGACUUGUGUACAUACCAUCAAGUAUCACUCAGUAACUUGAGAAUCUUUCUGAAAAAUCUGUUGUAUGUUGCUUCUGUUAAUUCUUUCAUCUUUACCUUGUGUAGAGCCUAAUUUUGUAUUCUAACGAAAAUGGGAUAGAUUGAUUCUGGAUUUAUGUCUGUGAUUAUCAUUCUCAUAAAGACAUCCUGCAAAGUAAUUACUUUCAUUCC